AUGCCCGAUCUACCAACCCCCGGUGUUGCCAACCCAGAAAUGGAGGCAAUUGCCGUCAUUGGAAUUGGCUGCCGCUUCUCCGGUGGUGCGACCUCUGUCGAGGAUUUCUGGAAGAUGCUGUGUGAGGGACGCACUGGCCAUGGAACUGUCCCUUCCAGCCGAUAUGAAGCUUCAGCCUGGCAUCAUCCCACUCAUGAGCGCAACGGCGCGAUCAAUCAUGACAGUGGGUUUUUCUUAAAAGAGGAUCCAUCCCGCUUUGAUGCCCCGUUUUUCUCUAUUACCGCCAAGGAGGCGGCGGGAAUGGACCCGGCACAGCGAUUGUUGCUCGAGGUUGCAUAUGAAACCUUUGAAAAUGGUGAGGCGAUCGGCGGAAUCCCAAUAGACACACUUCCAGGGAGCAACACAGCAGUGUACUCCGGCUCAAUGACAAAUGACUAUGAGCUACUAUCAACGAGAGACAUAUAUGAUAUGCCCCAUAACUCUGCUACUGGAAACGGAAGAACUAUGUUGGCCAAUCGUUUAUCAUGGUUUUUCGACCUUCAAGGGCCGAGCAUUAUGAUGGACACUGCGUGUUCUUCAAGUUUGACUGCAGUUCAUCUUGCGGCUCAAGCUUUACGAUCUGGCGAAUGUGGAAUGGCCCUGGUGACUGGAGCGAGUCUCAUUUUACACCCCAACUUUACACAAAGACUCUCUUAUAUGCACAUGAUGAGUGCAGAUGGUAUCAGUCACUCGUUUGAUGAGGCUGCAAAUGGAUACGGCCGAGGGGAGGGCAUCGGUGCAGUCCUUUUAAAGCCCGUCUCCCAGGCGUUAGCCGAUGGAGACAAUAUCCGAGCCAUCAUCCGCGGCACAGGAAUCAACCAGGAUGGCCGGACCCCCGGUAUUACCUUGCCCAGUCCAACGUCUCAAGCGAACUUGAUCCGGUCGACCUAUAAAAGGCAUGGCCUUUCCAUGAGAGAUACCGCUUAUUUUGAAGCCCAUGGGACCGGAACACCGGUCGGUGAUCCCACAGAGCUGUCUGCCGUUGGUAUGACAUUAGGCCAGGCACGAACGCCUACGGACGAGUCCAUAUAUGUGGGCUCGGUAAAGACAAACUUCGGUCACACCGAAGGCGCCGCGGGUGUCGCUAGUUUGAUCAAGGUAGUUCUCUGUUUAGAAAAAGGCACAUUGGUGCCAAAUGCCGGGUUCAAAAACCUCAACCCCAAGAUCCGGCUUGAUGAUUGGCGGUUACGUUUGAGCGACAAAACGAUGCCAUGGCCAGAGCAUCUUCCACAACGGGCCAGUAUCAACUCGUUUGGAUUUGGUGGAUCCAAUGCGCAUAUUAUUCUGGAGAGCGUUAAAGAAGCAUUCGGUGAGGAAGACCGAUCGCCGCCACCUCGUGUCGUGGUAUUCUCUACAUUCGACCAAGCUGGCAUCGACCGCCUUGGUCAAGGUUGGAGUACAUUUCUCCAGCGGCAGCAAGAAGCUUCGUGCGAGACUUCAUUGAAAGACCUUGCUCAUACAAUGCUCACUCGCCGCUCACAGCUGGGCUUCCGCAGCUUUGCGGUUGCAAACUCACUUGACCAGCUGCAGAACACGUUACAGAAGGGGCUUUUCAAGUUUUCCCGUGCUAGCCGCAAGGCGCAGACCCGAAUUGCCUUUAUCUUCACGGGUCAGGGUGGCCAGUGGGCUGGAAUGGGUAAGGAGCUUUUAAGGAUUCCCACUUUUAGAGAAAGCAUGGCACGGUCACAACAGAUCCUCACCUCUAUGGGAUGCCCGUUCGAUAUCGUUCGAGAGAUUCAAGCAAAGACAAAUAACAGUCGCAUCAACCGACCUGAUCGCAGCCAGCCUAUUACCUGCGCACUCCAGAUUGCUCUGGUCGACCUUCUAGCCAGCUGGUCUGUUUAUCCCAAUGCGGUUGUUGGUCACUCCAGUGGCGAGAUUGCUGCUGCGUAUGCAGCUGGAUAUCUUACGCAGCAAGAUGCUAUACGAGUCGCGUGGUUCCGUGGCUACUUUUCACAGCAGAUUUCCGAGAGUGACAAACGAGGAGGCAUGCUCGCUACUGGCAUCUCGCCAGAGAGUGCACAAAAGUACCUCGAGGACCUUCCUCCGCGCUCGGUGGUUGUUGCCUGUGUGAACAGCCCUUCCAGCACAACCCUCUCUGGAGAUGUGGACCGCAUUGAUCAGCUCGAGGAAAGACUGCAGAAAGAUGGCGUCUUUGCACGCAAGCUGCGUGUAGAUACAGCUUAUCACUCCCCUCACAUGGAAGAGCUAGUUGAAGUCGUCGGCAACGCCAUCAAUUGCAUCAAGCCGGAGGAUCGCCAUGGCGGAUCGAUCCCUAUGCUUUCAUCUGUCACAAAGCAGCGUGUCUACCCCGGCGACUUAAGUGGAUCAUAUUGGGUCCAGAAUAUGAUCAGUUCGGUCGAAUUCACCGCUGCAGUAUCGCAGCUCGCAAGUCUGAGCGAAACUAGCAAGGCUCGCAGACGACCAGUGCCCAUCAAAUGGACUAUCUUGCUUGAAAUCGGCCCACAUGCAGUCCUUAAGGGACCUGUCAACCAGAUCUUGCGGACUGUCAACACUAACAUGGCAUCACUGCCGUAUUACUCGCUUGUUAUGCGGAAUCAGAGCGCUUUACGAACUUCAGUGGAAGUUGCAGGGUCUCUUUGGAGCACAGGACAUACAGUUGACCUUCCUGCGGUCAACAGCAGUGUCGAUUGCACUCCCCCGGCGAUGGUUUCUGAUUUGCCGUCCUAUCCUUGGAACCACCAAACGUCCUUCUGGCAUGAGCCUUUGGAAACAGCUCAGUUGCGACAGCGCAAGUAUCCGCGUCACGAUAUCUUGGGAGCCCCUCUGGACUAUCAAAACGCCCUCGAGCCACGAUGGAGAAACUUCCUGAGAUUGUCAGAGAAUCCAUGGAUGGCGGAUCAUGUUGUGGCUGGAUCGAUCGUCUUCCCGGCCGCAGGCAUGCUGGUGAUGGUCACCGAGGCAGCGCGACAACUAGCCGGUGGCCAGACCAAAGUUAAGGGAAUUGAAUUCCAAGACCUCCAGUUCGUGCGUGGUAUUGUGAUCCCGGAGGAUGAGCGUGGUCUCGAGACUGUGCUUCAAGUCUCGCCACAUCCAGGAAUGCCAGGCUGGUACCAAUUCGGCAUUUUUUCGCUUCCAUCCGGAGGGUCCUGGAUUCAACAUGCAAAGGGCUCAUUCACCACGAGACACGAGGCUCGAGAUGACGAUGACGAUGAGCAGAUCGCAAACUGGGAGGCAAAUUUAACCCGAAUUAAAGAUACAAAGGCAGUCGCACAACCGGCUGAUAUCGGGCAAGCGUACCAAUGGUUGUCUCAUACAGGAGGACUGACCGUUGGACCGUGCUUCAAGACCAUCACUGAUGUCUCGUUCUGCCCGUCGGAGCCUCGUCUUUGGCUAUCGGGAAUUGUCACAGACACCAGACAAGGGAUGCCAAAUGAAAAGGAGACUCCCAGCUUCAUUCACCCCACAACUCUGGAUUGCCUCUUCCAAUCUGCCCUUCUGUCUUGUUCCGAGGCCCUGGCCAGCCAGAAUGCCAACAUCCCUAUCGGAGUUGACCAUGUCUACAUCUCCGAUAAUUUCCAACCGAAAGCAGGUAAACAGUUUGCCAUCCAUACAGAGACUCAGUUGCGAGACGGCAAAUCGCGAUCUCACUGUAUCGCGUCAGAUCCCUCCUGGUCCAAGCCCUGGAUCACAUUCGAGGGUGUUCACCUUGGUCGUCUUCCCUUCAAUCCCAAGUCAAAAAAGGUAGACGAUAUGGUCUCUCAAAGCCGGUACUCCUCCGUUGUUUGGGACGAACAUCUGGAGUCGCCUGUUGUCUCUCGCCAAAUUCGUAACGACGGAAGCAAAGAUCCGGCCGUGGAAGCCAGCAGCCUACAGUUGAGUGACUGGAUCAAGCGGCUGUGCCAUACAAAUGGGGACGCCAAGUCCUUGAUCACUACUUCCGAUGUAUCGAGUGCUUGGAUCCGGAGUGUCGACGAGUUCAAGCCAAGAACCAGGAAGCGACCUUACUUUGCAAAUGUCACUAUGGCCUUGUGUGGCCCCGAUGAUCAGGCGAGGGCCAACGCAUCUGACAUUGGCACUCACAUUAUUCCCAUCACUGGACUUGACGACCUUCUAUCCUCGGCUCUUCCGGAGGAGUUGUAUGAUCUUGUCGUGAUCGAUGAGCUCAAAAUCUGGAGUGACAAGACCAGUGAAACUAUUCUACCGUUCCUGCGCACCAUUCUUGACCGCAGAGGCUUUACAGCAAUCCGCGUCCCAGACGCAAACUUGGGCUUUGCGGUGGAGACUUUGAAGGGCUUCGACGGCCUGGAAAUUCAUAGCUUGACUGAAGAUCGCAAAUUCAUCGUUGCACGCCCAACACCCGUCUCGUGGAGCACAGACUCUGAGAUCUUCAUCCUGAGUGGAAAGAGUAAGCCCGACUCAAACCCUGUUUUCGGCCAUCUUGAAAAGAUCUUUGCCGCCCACAAUGUUCGCAUGAUAUCCCUGGGGCUGGAUGAGGCGGUCACGCUGGCAGGAAAGACUGUGAUUUCUUUGCUUGACUUGGCAGGUCCCUUGGUAUCCGACUGCGCGGCAGAUGACCUUGAGAGGCUCCAACAUUUGAUGAAAUCCCAAUACGUUCUUUGGGUUUCACCGUUCUGGAGUCAAGGAGCCGUUGAGAAUAGUGGAUAUGGUGCUUCAAGUGGCAUUCUGCGAACGCUCCGCAAUGAGAACUGGAAUACUGUGAUUCCUCAACUACUUGUCGACAGGGAGGAUCUGCACGACAAAUUUGGCCUGGCUUGUGGGAUCCUGCAGGUUAUGCAACUCACCAUGCAAGAGAACUCACGCCGGCCAGACAUGGAGUAUCGUCUAGUCAACGGACGACUGUUGGUUCCGCGCAUCCUUGAGACUCCAGCAGUGGACGAGGCCAUGCACACUCUGUCGAAGGGACCUCGGCCUGUGAUGGCCGAUCUGACAGCUGACCCUAGAACCCUUGAGUUGAAGUUCCAGGAUGUCCACAAUGCACACUGGGAAGAGAAAUGCAUUCCUGAAGGGGAACUUCCGGCAGACCACACAGAGCUCCUGGUUGAGAUGGCCACCGUCUUUGAUCUGGGCAGAGAUUCGGGUAAGACCCUUGAGACGGGUCUGCCAAUGUUUGAAAUUCUUGGACAAGUUACCAGGAUCGGAACCAGUGUGCGCGACCUGGCUGUUGGCGACAAAGUGGUGACAUUAGUUUCGGAAAAAUCGGGACUGUCAACAACACUGCGUGUCUCGGAGAGCGACACCAUCAAGAUUCCCGUAACCGCACAUCCCGCACAGGCUAUCUCAACUCCUCUCGCCUACCUCACUGCGCAUCAAAUCCUCACCGAAGUGAGUCGCCUGAGUUCAAAUUCCUCGCUUCUCUUGGUCGGGUCAAUCAGUCAAAAUCUCCGGGCGAUGAUUGACUACGCCGUGAGCAAAAGUAUGCAGGUCAUCGUGGCCACCGACUCUCAGGAGACAAUUGAGGUUCUUUCGUAUCGUUACCCAGCGUUGAAGGAUCAGAUUCUGAGCACACACGGAAGUCUGGAAUCACGCGUAUCCAGACUGACCAACGGAUGUGGAGUCGAAGCAAGCAUUUGCUUCCUGGGCGGAUAUGCGGGUCGCGUUGCCGCAAGAUGCCUGGUCCAAGGUGGACAGUUCAUCAAUCUUUCUAGCGACAUGAAAUUGAGCGCUCUUCCCGAAAGCUUCAUCGACAGUGGCUGCACCUUCUCUUCGCCACGACUCCAGAAAACAUUCUCGGAGAAGCCCGGUAUUCUCCAUUCUUCAGUUCGCCAUGUCUUUGACUUAAUGGAUCAGCGUCAAAUUCUGGAACGGGUGGAAGCCUACCCCCAAUUCCCCGUUUCCGAUUUGCAGGGAGCUGUUAAACAUUGCAAAGAGACCAAUGGCCGGGCCAUAGUCGACCUUCAGGCACCGGGUCAAGUUCCCAUUGUGCUCCCAUUGCCAGAACUGACUGGUUUGUCGGCGAUGAAUACUUACAUUCUGGCUGGUGGACUGGGCAACUUAGGCCUUGCCUUUGCCGAUACAUUGGUGGAGUCCGGAGCGCGCCAUUUGGUUUUCCUUGGCCGGUCUGGAGGGACCCAGCAUAGCCAGCAACUAGCCCUCGAUCUGCUUCGCGGUCGGGGAUGCCACACAGAUAUAGUCCGCUGUGACAUUUCCAAGAAGGAAGACAUUGACGAACUGUCAUCUGAGAUUCAGAAGCAAAACUGGACCGUCGCAGGUGUGAUCCAGUGCACAACAGUUCUGAGGGACUCAAUGUUUGAAAAAAUGACUUACGAAGAUUGGACUCAAUCCACGGAUCCCAAAAUUCGCGGGACAUUAAAUUUACACCGGCUUUUCUCUAAUGAGAAAAGCUUGGAUUUCUUCGUCGCAUUGUCGUCCGUGGCAAGUGUCAUUGGCAACAUGGGGCAGGCCAACUAUUCCGCCGGCAACGGUUUCAUUGACGCUCUCAUGGAAUGGCGACGGAACCAUGGCCUUCCUGGCCAUUCCAUCAACAUCGGUCUCGUUCCUGAUGCCAGUGGAAUGAGUGACAUUGGCGAAGACCAGGAGCAACGCCGCCGCAGAUACAAGCAUCUCGAGGGUACAGAAAUCAUGACUUCCGAACUCCAGAUCUUGCUCCAAGUGAUCAUCAACAGCAAGCUUUCCCUUCCACCCCAGAUCAUUGCCGGCAUGACAGACUCCUUGUCACGCAAGAAUGCCUCUACAGCGUGGAAUUUGGAUCGGAAAUUCGAUCAUCGGGUUUCUUUUGUGGUUGAAAACAGUGAUGAUUCUACUGUACAGACCGCCACUCUGCUCAAGAAUUCGGAUUCCAUCGAUACAGCAGCUCAGAUUGUCAUCAACGCUCUCAGUGAAUACUUGGCAGAUGCAAUGGCUACAACAGCUGAUUCCAUCGACCAUGAUUUGCCUCUAUCCGCCUUGGGUGUUGAUUCCCUCAAGGCCACAUCCGUCCAGAACUGGGUCUCCCGGGAGUUGGGAGCGGAGUUGUCCUCUUUUGAGUUCUUAGGAUCGCAACCGACAAAGGCAUUGGCGAAGAAAAUUGCAUCCGCUAGUUCUUUUGUCUCGCAUUCGAGCUAA